AUGAACUUGAUGCUCAAGUGGAGAGUUAUUGUUGAUAGAUAUUCAAACCUCAAUCCCAGUGUCUGGAACGUCAGCGCAAUGUUUGCAGAUCAAAUGCUCAGCUUGAAAAAGUUAAACUGGCAGGUUGGUCAACAUUUUCAAGCCAUAAGAAGUGGCUUCUUUGAGAUUUAUGGCGGAAAGGUGUUUGACCUUCUGAAGCAAAAAGCUUUAUUGCGAGUUCUUGAAGAUGGCAAAAAAGAAGUACAAGUUGUUGGACUGAAAGAGGUUCCUGUGAAGUGCGAAAACGAUGUUCUUGAUCUGAUCCGGCAGGGCACGGAUAUGCGCACUGCAGGAGCAACAUCUGCAAAUUCCAAUUCGAGCAGAUCCCAUGCCGUCUUUCAAAUAGUUUCGAGGAGGGGCAAUAAAUUAUGGGGAAAGUUUUCGCUGAUAGAUUCAGCGGGUAACCAACGUGGUUAG